UACCGGGAAGCCUUUGGGUUUCUGGCAUACAUGCUCGUCCUACAACUAUCCUUCACCAUCGGAGGGAUCUUGAUAUUUGGAAAAGACAUCAAGAGCUUCUCCACCUUUAAGGAAACGUCGUACGUCUUAUUUGAGCUGAGCUUGGGAAGGGCGUUCGAGGAUGACAUCACGAGAGUGGAUAGUGUCCUGGGGCCGCUGUACUACGCUACAUUCGUCUUGGUCUUUAUAUGCUGUCUGGUGAAUCUGGGAGUCGGGAUGCUCUGUAACUGGCUGAGCUACUGUCAGACGUCAGACGACAUUGAGGUGGACACCGCGAUGGGAGAUUACUUCUGGAACUCCUUUAGGAGUCUUCUGGGCAUGCGCCACGAGAGCCAAACGUUCCACGAUGAUGCACCACUUCCGGACCACUACAUGGACGAGACCCUCCAGCGGACGGAAGCGGUACUGCAGGAGGUGGACAGGGUCACUGACCUAAUGUACAAGUUCGAGUGCCGAGGCUUUCCGGAACUGCAGGUCAAGAAAACCGCAUCUGGUAGUGGGUUGAAAAUCUAGGACAAGAUUCGAGAACGAACUUUUCACUAUUGUGUAUUACUAUUCAGGGCUCGAAAUACUUUUUUCCUGAAUACCUGCACUGGUGCACGUAACAUUGAAAAUUGCCUGUAAGAAUCUGAAUUCAGCAUACCAAGUCCAGAUCAUACUAAAAUACAGGAACCUUUGCUUUUUUUCUUGUGUACUUUAAAGGUGGUAUCAGUCAAUGUAGCUAAUAACAAUCCAUAUACACCUACAUUAUAUGAAAUUUAUGUACAAAACCCAGUACAUGGACUAGUGCAGGUUAGGUGCAAGUAGACACCAAAAUACCUGCACAGCUGCAAUUUAACUGGCUCAAACCUGCAUAUGCAGGUGGUAUUUCGAGGCUUACUAUUGGAUCUGUACUGAGAUGGAAUCCAUUG